AUGGCGUCGCAUACCAUUGUCCUGCCGGGCGAUGCCAUCGACGACUCCCAAAUACCGACACACCCCAAGAAGCCGCUGCGCCUGGGCCCUGGCCUGCGGCACGACCCCGCCACCAACGAGAUUCGUCCAACCGUCGCGGGCCAGCUCAUCAGCGACCGCCAAAAGAAUGCGAUGCGCGUAGAAACGUCCAACGGGCGGUAUCUUGCCCGCGUAGGCGAGCUCGUCAUCGGCACCGUGCAAAAGUCAGCCGCCGACGUCUACUACGUACACCUCUCCGACCACUCCGCGCCCGCCACGCUGCCGCAGCUCUCCUUUGAGUCGGCCACCAAGAAGACGCGGCCGAUGCUCGCGUCCGGCGCGCUCGUCUACGCGCGCGUCACCGUGGCCGACAAGCACAUGGACGCCGAGCUCGAGUGCGUGUCGUCGUCGACGGGCAAGGCUGAGGGGCUGGGCCCGCUGACCGGCGGGAUGCUGUUUCCCGUGUCGCUCGGGUUCGCGCGGCGGCUGAUGAUGCCGGGGGCGGCCGGGGCGGCGGGCGGAAAAGUUGUAGUGCUCGAGGCGCUGGCGGCUGGUGGCUUGCAGUUUGAGACGGCGACGGGGCGGAACGGGCGAUUCUGGGUGGAUAGCGCGAGCGUGAGGACGGUGCUGGCGGUAGGGAGGGCGGUGCAGGAGACGGAUGAGAAGGGGCUCGGGGUCGAGGAGCAGCAGAAGCUGGUCAGGAAACUACUCAAGGAGCUGAGUUAA